AUGCAGGCCAAACUAUACCGAAUCUUCUGUUCUGCAUCAACCAACGUGGCUGUCGACAAUUUCGCCGACCGCCUGGAUCAGACAACAAGCAGUGUUUGCAAGCGCUACAAUGCCGGCAAGCAACAAGAAGACUCAACUCGUAUGCGACACAGGCUAGUUGUCCGUGCAUUCAGGAUGCAAGACGAGUUUGCAGCCGUCAUGCACCUCCUUCGUUAUCCAAUCCCCGAGAGCGAUAGUCCGCGAAUACCCAUCGCAAAGACCUCAAAAUGGCGAUUCCACCUCUCGAUCUCGUCUUGGUUGCUAGCUGUGCUCGGCUCGCGGGCCGUCGGCGUCAGGGAACUCACACCUGACGACAGCGAAGGGUUGUUCAGACUGCGAGCAAGCAUCGAAGAAAGGUCACAGUACUCUACUCUUCUCGCCGUUGCCAAGGGUGAAAUAGGCUGGGACGAGUUCGUCUUGUCGGGCGCUUUGCCGGAGGACGCCGGACAUGCUCUUCUUAAGGCUGUCAUCGAAGCGGCCGACAUCGUUUGCGCAACCCCGUCCAUGGCUACGGAUGACGUCUGCAGGGAAUGGAGGACAAGUGUGGCACGUGGAAUCGCCAUCGAUGAAGCGGCAAGCAUGACCCGCGCUGAUCUCGCCUGUGUCUGGGGCAACUCUCUACUUCCUUGCUUUCUCGCCGGCGACGACAAACAGCUCCCUCCCGCCGUAAUGACAGGUGACGAACAGGACUCGGAGGGCAAUCUCAUACACAGAUUCAUUGCCGACGGCAAAUUGUCAGCACUCGAGUACCUUAUGGGAACCGGCCUGCCCGUCUACCGUCUCAAAACCCAGUUGCGCAUGGGAUGCGGCUUAUUUGACAUGGCCGCGAAGGAGAUUUACCCCGAGGUCCCCUUUGCUUACGAUACGUGCUGCGACGUCACUCUUGACAAGUUUGCUGUUGGCCGGGAUCUCGAGUCGUAUGCUCGAGCAAAGUAUCCCAACCUUGUUCCUGCUCCGUCUGGCACCCUGCAACCUAUUUUUGUACAUUGCGAAGGGUCCUCGGUCUUUGUCGACAAGAUUACCGGGUCAAAGUAUAGCAGGGAUCAGAUCAAGAUUGCCCUCGACUUUGCCGUUGACCUCCUCAAGGUCCGACCUGGCAUCACGUCUUCCAAUCUCGUGCUGCUUACACCCUACCUCAGCAAUGUCGCGCUGAUCGCCACCAUGCGCAAGUCGCGAGAAUAUGCGGCAUCGCUGGUCCAUAUGCCCCGAGCAACAACUAUUGACGGAUUCCAGGGCCAGGAGGGAGAUAUUGUUCUUGUGGUCAUGAGCACGAAUCGGCAGUCGGGGCCCGGCUUUGUUUGCGAGCCUGCACGUCUUAAUCUCCUCCUGACGCGCCAGAGGUCCGGCCUGGUCAUAUUUGGUGACCUGACAAUUGCCGUCCCUGCUGCCAUAGUGGCAGCAGGGCCCGGUGCUCCGUCGACCGACGACAACGGCAAAGACGAGAAGGGCAAGGGCAAAAGCAAGGGCAAAAGCAAGGGCAAGGGCAAGGGUGAUCUCCCCAUACGGGUGUAUCACUCCGAUGGGAGUGUUGGCUUCACCAAGGCGACUGUGUUGCGUAAUGUUUUCAGAGCCCUGGCCGCGGCGGGGCGAUUUGUCGUAAUCAAGGCUACGAAGUUGGAGGAGGCAUAG